AUGCAAAGUGCAAAGGAAAAACGCAGUAAUCGAACUAAGAGAAGAGGAGAAAAAUGUGCUGAGGAUGUAGAUGAGUUUUUUGGUGCAUCUGAACGAUCGAUGAACACGGAAGAAGUUUUUAACUCAUGUUCCAUUGUCGAAGAGGGAGCUUCUGCAGUUGUAGAAGAAAAAACAUCUGGUUAUCAUCUUCUAAAAAACCUCGUUGGUUCAGAUAAAGACAUUACAUUAAGUGAUAUUGAAAAAUUGAAAGAAAGAGGAUUUCACACUUAUGAAUCUAUAAUGUAUGCUACAAGGAAAGAAUUGGCUUCAAUUGAAGGAUUAAGUGAGAGGAAAGUUGACAAAAUUAUACAAUUAGUUAGUUCUUAUGUGAAUAUGGGAUUUACAUCUGCAUCAGAAAUUUACGUUAAACGUAAAGAUAUAAUUAUGAUUGGUACUGGAAGUGAAAGAGUUAAUGAACUAUUAAAAGGAGGUAUUGAAACCGGUAGUAUCACUGAAAUAUUUGGUGAAUCUCGUUCUGGCAAAUCUCAAUUUUGUCAUAAUCUUGCAGUAACUUGUCAAUUACCAAUUUCCAGAGGAGGAGCCGAGGGAAGAUGUAUUUGGAUUGACACUGAGGGAACAUUUAGACCUGAGAGGAUUGCUCAAAUUGCAGAAAGAUAUAAAAUGGAUCCUGGUGUAGCUUUGGACAAUGUUUCAUGUGCACGUGUUUUUAAUUCAGAUCACCAAAGAGAGAUUUUAGUUGAAGCUGCUGCUUUGAUGGCUGCAUACAGACACUCUCUUAUUGUUGUUGAUUCUGUAAUGGCUUUAUAUAGGACUGAUUUUCAAGGACGUGGUGAGUUAGCUGAUAGACAAGCACAUCUAGGCAAAUUUUUGCGUCACCUUUUAAGAUUAGCUGAUGAAUUUGGAGUUGCUGUAGUCAUGACAAAUCAAGUUAUGGCUAAUGUUGACGGAAGUGCAAUGUAUGGAGGUGACAAUAAAAAACCAGUUGGUGGACAUAUUAUGGCACAUGCUUCAACCACCCGUUUAUAUUUUAAGAAAGCUAAAGGUGAACAAAGAAUUUGCAAAGUAUAUGAUUCACCAUGGAUCGCUGAAAAUGAAAGUCGAUUUGCGAUUUCUGCUGAGGGUAUUACAGAUGUUGUUGAAGAUAGUUAA